GAGGAGGAGGAGGGACCCGCCCGGUCACGUGUGCGGGCGCGGGGCCGUCACGUGACCGGGGCGAUGGGGACGGUGCUGGACGUGAGGGUGAAGCGGGCCGGGAAGGUCUAUCGCGAUGGGGAAGUUCUUUCUGGAGUUGUGGUCAUCACAAGCAAGGACACAGUCCAGCACCAGGGAAUCUCCUUAACCAUGGAGGGGUCAGUAAAUCUGCAGCUCAGUGCCAAAAGUGUGGGGGUGUUUGAGGCUUUCUACAACUCUGUCAAGCCUAUUCAGAUUAUUAACAGCACUAUUGAAAUGGUAAAACCAGGGAAGCUUCCCAGUGGCAAGACAGAAAUUCCCUUUGAAUUCCCACUGCACAUGAAGGGGAACAAAGUCCUGUAUGAGACAUACCAUGGUGUGUUUGUUAACAUCCAGUACACCCUGAGGUGUGACAUGAGACGGUCUCUGCUGGCGAAGGACCUGACUAAGACCUGUGAAUUUAUUGUCCACUCCCUGUCACAGAAGGGGAAGCUGCUGCCCAGCCCUGUGGAUUUCACAAUCACUCCUGAAACUCUGCAAAACGUUAAAGAGAGAGCCUCCCUCCCCAAAUUCCUGAUCAGGGGGCACCUCAAUUCCACCAACUGUGUGAUCACCCAGCCCCUGACGGGGGAGCUGGUGGUGGAAAGCGCCGAGGCCGCCGUGAAGAGCAUCGAGCUGCAGCUGGUCAGAGUGGAGACCUGUGGCUGUGCUGAAGGUUAUGCCCGGGAUGCCACGGAGAUCCAGAACAUCCAGAUCGCCGACGGCGACGUCUGCAGGGGCCUCCCCAUCCCCAUCUACAUGGUGUUCCCCAGGCUCUUCACCUGCCCCACCCUGGAAACAACCAACUUCAAAGUUGAGUUUGAGGUGAACAUCGUGGUCCUGCUGCACGACGACCAUCUCAUCACUGAGAACUUCCCACUGAAGCUCUGCAGGAUGUAAAGACCCAGGGAAGGACUUCCUGGAAAAGGCCCAAAUUCUUCAGAGGAGAAGUGAAACUUUAUCCAUGCCUGACUCCAGCUGGAGCCACCUCACUCCUUUUGGGUCCUCCUUGUGCUUUCAGUUCUCUGGUCAUCUUUCCCAGAGACCCCACCUGGACUUCCCAAUCCAGGCAGCCUUGGCAGGGAUCCUUCUGCCUUCAACAACCACGUUAUCCCCACUUUUCCUCAGGCAAAUCCUGAGGGAAUGACUUUGCAGCUUUCUACAACUGCUGUGUAAGUAUGUAGGAAGUUUCUCUCCUUAUUUAAUUCCACCAUAUUUGUUCCAAAACCCUUUGAAGACCCCCUCAAACCUGUUGAAUCCUGUUAUAUCCAUACUGGGAGGGCAUGGGAAUUGUGAUAUAAUGAUAAAUAGGGUCUUGGAAGGGAUAAAAAGUGGUGCUACAACACUGGGAGGUGCUGCUGUGGGAUCAGUGUGAAAGAAGUGAAGUAAUACCGAGGAAAUUUUGGUCAAAUUGGGAACAUGAGUCUGUGGUGGAGGAAUAAAUUCACCUGUUUGUAA